AAACCGAAAGUAAAACCAGAAGCUGGAUUCAGCCUCGUCAUUUUGGAAGUAUUUUUUAACAGCAGUAUCUUGAUGUUAAUACCUUCUCUCUUUUUUAACCAUGUCGGAACGUGUCGGAUUGACGUCUUUUCAACGAACUGAGAAAGUAAUCAAGCUUGUUCCUGAGAAUCUUCUCAAGAAACGCAAGGCGUACCAAGCAAUCAAAGCAACUCAAGCCAAACUUGCGUUACAGCAGAAGAGAAAAGUCCAAAAAGGAAGUCCCCUGAAGUUUAAGCGGAUGGAGGAGUUUUUGAAAAACAGUAGGAGGAAGCAUCGAGAUGAGACACGACUCAACAGACUCAAACAAAGACCUCCACCGCCCAUGCCGCCAGCGAAGCACGGUCUUGUGUUUGCUGUCCGCAUCAGAGAGAUCAAAGGUGUAAGCCCCAAAGUGAUGAAGGUCAUUCAGAUGCUAAGGCUGAGAAAGAUCUUCAGUGGCACCUUUGUGAAAGUCAACAAGACUUCUAUACAAAUGCUUAAGACGGUGGAACCUUAUGUUGCUUGGGGGUAUCCCAACUUGAAAUCUGUCCGUGAGCUCAUAUUAAAAAGAGGUCAAACAAGGAUUAAUAAGAGAAAGACUCCUCUGACUGACAAUACACUCAUAGAGCAGCAUCUUGGACAAUAUGGGAUCAUCUGUUUGGAGGACCUUAUCCAUGAGAUCUAUUCUGCCGGAAAAAACUUCAGGGUGGCAAACAACUUCCUGUUGCCGUUCUAUUUGUCAGUACCAAGACAUGCUGCUAGAGAUAAAGUUGGAUUACUGAAAGAUAUUGGAGAUCCUGGACCAAAGGCUAAGGACAUAAAUAAAGUCAUCAGGAAACUCAGUUGACUGUUUGCAAAGGUCUUGCCAGGCAACCUUGAAAGAAUCUCAUACGCACGCCACCGGAAGUCCUUCAUGAUGACCCAAUGGGCAACUAACUGUCCACUGACCCUUCACUGAUCAUCCAGGGGCCACAUCGCUCUGUGUGCUCCUCCCCAUACCUUACGGCAUCAUGGGGGACG